AUGCCCCGUGAGUCCCGCUGGCUGGCGCUGCCUGCCGGAGCUGUAGCGAGGUCUGCUCAUGUGGACUUUGGCGAGCAGGCAUCAAGACCUCCUCACACGGCCCUUCAGGAUUACUACGCAAGCCCGUCGAGCCGGCGCAACUCUCCCAUCCCAUCGGCCUGUCACCACAGUAGCAACGCUCGGCGCCUGUGCCAUCCUCUUGCCAUCAUGAACACACAAUUCAACUCUGCGCUAAAGCAGUCGACGUCAAUCAAGCGUGACCUCUCGAAUCUGGCCUCCUCCACCGACGGCCCAACACCAGCCGCGCUCGGCUCCAUAUCCGCCUCUCUCACAGCCUUCUCCCGCACCCUAGACGAAUACACAGCCCUCGCCAAGCAGGAGCUCAACGCCGCGAAACAAGACAAGGCGCAGGAGCGCAUCAAAAACUUCCGUGCAGAGCUUGCCGAGUUCCGCUCCGAAUUCGACGCCCUCAAGACCCAGCACGCAGACGCCCAGCACUCCCAGAACCGCUCAGAACUGCUCGGCCGCCGGCCCUUUACCACCUCCACACCCGAGAACCCAUACGCGCACGCGCACACAAACCCAGCAUCGACACCAGGCUCGGUACCGACAAACAGAUAUGGCAGCGGCGGCGCAGUAGGCGGGCAGCUACAGAUGGGCAGCGAUGACUACACGCGGGAGGCGCACGCGCUGCGGGAGCAGAACUUCUUUGCGAGCACAAACUCGGCGCUGGACGACUACAUUGCGCGCGGGCAGGCGGUGCUAGGCGACCUGGGCACGCAGCGUGAGAUGCUUAAGAACACCCAGAAGAAGCUGUACAGCGUGGCCAACACGCUCGGCGUGAGCGGCGACACGAUCCGCAUGAUCGAGCGCAGGGCGAAGCAGGACAAGUGGAUCUUCUGGGGCGGCGUCGUGGUCUUCUUCCUCUUUGUCUGGCUAUGCCUGCAUUUCUUGAGGUGA